AUGAGGUACAGCGCCCAACCGCAGGACAUGAACAACCUGGAGGAGGGGGUGGAGUUCCUCCCUGCCAUGAACUCCAAGAAGGUGGAGAAGCGCGGCCCGAAGCGGCGGGUGGUCGUCGCCGUCGCGAUCGUUCUUUUCCUGCUCAUCUCCCUCGCCACCGGCCUCCUGGUUUGGCACUUCAAAUACAGGAACGUGGCCGUCCGGAAGGUUUUCCUUGGCCACUUACGGGUGCUGAACUUGGACUUCCUUGAUGCCUACGAGAGCUCCAGCUCACCAGAGUUCAUCAUGCUGGCCAAGAAGGUGAAGAGCACGGUGGAGGAGAUCUACAGGAACCAUCCAGAUAUUGGUCCUUACCACAAAGAGACAGUGAUAACGGCGUUUAGUGAAGGCAGCGUCAUUGCCUACUACCGGUCGGUGUUCGUGAUCCCCAAGUACCGGGAGCAGAGCCUGGACAGGGCGAUGGCAGACAAGCAGAGCCUGGUCCAGAGGUGGAACCCCCGCCUGCGAAACCCCAUGCUGAAGGUGGAGUCGGUCGUCGCUUUCCCUGUGGACUCCAGCAUAGCUGACUCUGCUCCGAACAACAGCUGCAUGUUCGGCCUCCACGCCAAGGAAGGGGAGAUCACCACUUUCACCACGCCGGGCUUCCCCAACAGCCCCUACCCCAACAACGCGCUCUGCUACUGGGCGCUGCGGGCGGACGCCAGCUCCGUCAUCAGCCUGACCUUCAAGACGCUGGAGCUGGAGCAGUGCACGGAGACCAGCGACUACAUCAAGGUGUACGACUCCCUCAGCCCCGUGGAGCCCCACGCUUUGGUCAGGCUCUGUGGGAAUUACGCCCCUUCCUACAACCUGACCUUCCUGUCCUCGCAGAACGUCAUGCUCGUCACGUUGGUUACCAACAAGGAGGGGAGGUUCCCCGGCUUUAAGGCCGAGUUCUUCCAGCUCCCGAAGAUGAAAGGUUGUGGUGGGACUCUGAAAGGAGAGAGCGGCACCUUCACCACUCCCUAUUACCCGGCUCACUACCCCCCGGCCACGGACUGUGUGUGGAACAUAGAGGUUCCCUCUAAAAAGAACGUGAAGGUGCGUUUCAACAUGUUCUUCGUGCUGGAGCCGGGGAUCCCGGUCAGCUCCUGCACCAAGGACUACGUGCAGGUCAACAGCACGAGGUACUGCGGGGAGCGUGCCCAGUUCGUGGUGGCCAGCACCACCAACAAAAUCGAGGUGCGGUUCCACUCAGACCAGUCCUACACGGACACCGGCUUCUCUGCCGAGUACCUGUCCUACGACUCCGGCGAUCCCUGCCCUGGCAAGUUCACCUGCAACACCGGCCGCUGCAUUGAGCUCAGCAUGCGCUGUGACGGGUGGCAGGACUGCGUGGACGGCAGCGACGAGCGAUCCUGCACCUGUACGGAGCAGCAGUUCCGCUGCCAGAACGGCUGGUGCAAGCCCAAAUUCUGGGUCUGCGACAAUGUCAACGACUGCGGCGACAACAGCGACGAGCUGCAGUGCGGCUGCGCAGCCGACAGCUUCAAGUGCAGCAACGGGAAGUGCAUCCCCGGCGCGCAGAAAUGCGACGGCAAGGACGACUGCGGGGACGGGAGCGACGAGGGCAGCUGCAGCAACGUGAUCCAGCCAACGGUCCCCUGCAAGGAGUACACCUACAAGUGCCGCAACGGGCGCUGCAUCAGCAAACAGAACCCGGAGUGCGACGGGGAGCAGGACUGCGAGGACAACUCCGACGAGGACAAGUGCAACUGCGGGAUCCGCACCUUCACGAGGAAGUCGCGGAUCGUGGGCGGGCAGAACUCGGACGUGGGCGAGUGGCCGUGGCAGGUCAGCCUGUACGUGGAGGGCGAGGGCCACGUCUGCGGGGCCUCGCUGGUGUCCGAGAGCUGGCUGGUGUCGGCGGCGCAUUGCUUCCUGCAGCGGAAGGGCAGCCCCAGGUACUCAAACCCCAGCCUGUGGAUGGCCUACAUGGGCCUGACCAACCAAGGUGAACGCAACGGCCCCAACGUGCAGGCACGGAAGAUCAAGCGCAUCAUCUCGCACCCCUACUUCAACGACUUCGACUUCGACUACGACAUCGCUGUGCUGGAGCUGCAGAGCCCCGUCACCUUCUCCUCCGUCGUCCAGCCCAUCUGCCUGCCUGACGCCACCCACAACUUCCCCGUGGGCAAGGACCUGUGGGUGACCGGCUGGGGAGCCACGGCGGAAGGAGGCAGCGGAGCCUCCAUCUUGCAGAAAGCUGAAAUCCGGCUGAUCAACCAGACGGUGUGCAACCAGCUGCUGACGGACCAGCUCACGCCACGCAUGAUGUGCGUGGGCAUCCUGACGGGUGGCGUGGACGCGUGCCAGGGAGACUCUGGGGGGCCACUGGUCAGCGUGGAGCCCAGCACUCGCAUGUUCCUGGCUGGGGUUGUGAGCUGGGGCGAUGGCUGUGCCCAGAGGAACAAGCCUGGAGUCUACAGCCGAGUCACCAGCCUGCGGGGCUGGAUCCAGCAGCAGACAGGACUUUAG